AUGGCGUGGAACACCGAGCUCACACGGCGGUUGGGUAUCAAAGUCCCUGUGGUGCAGGGUGGCAUGAUGUACGUCGGCUACGCCGAGCUCGCCUCCGCCGUCUCCAACGCAGGCGGCCUGGGCAUCAUCACAGCCCUCAUCUUCCCGACCCCGGCCGACCUGCGCAAGGAGAUUCAGAAGUGCCGGACCCUCACCAAGAACCCCUUCGCGGUCAACAUCACCCUGCUGCCCUCGCUCAACCCGCCUGACUAUGGCGCCUACGCGCAGGCCAUCAUUGACGAGGGCAUCCGCAUCGUCGAGACCGCAGGGAACAGCCCCGGCCCCGUCAUCUCCAAGCUCAAGAAGGCCGGCUGUAUUGUCCUGCACAAGUGCACCACCAUCCGUCAUGCCCAGAGCGCGGUCAAGCUUGGUGUGGACUUUUUGAGCAUCGAUGGGUUUGAGUGUGCCGGCCACGUCGGUGAAUCAGACAUUACAAACUUCAUCCUGCUCUCCCGCGCAAGACAGUCCCUCAAGGUACCCUUUAUCGCAUCAGGCGGAUUCGCCGACGGCCAAGGACUGGCUGCUGCACUGUGCCUUGGCGCCUGCGGCAUCAACAUGGGCACGCGCUUCAUGUGCACAGUCGAGGCCCCCAUCCACAAAAACAUCAAAGAGCAGAUCGUCAAGGCCCAGGAGACCGACACUGCCCUCGUCCUCAGGCGGUGGAAGAACACCACCCGCCUGUACAGGAACAAGGUGACGGACCAGGCGCUCAAGGUCGAGCAGGAGAGCAAGACGGGCGAGUUUGCCGAAAUUGCGCCGUUUGUCAGCGGGCAGAGGGGGCGGCAGGUUUUCAUUAAUGGUGACCCAGAGUACGGCGUUUGGACAGCAGGGCAGGUUAUUGGCCUUAUCCACGACAUUCCGACCUGUAAGGAUCUUGUGGAGAGGAUCAGCACGGAGGCUGAGGAGGCGCUCAAGGAAAGACUCACGCUUGUCUCACCAACCUCGAGUAAGUUAUAG